AUGGAUGACCAACAAGAGCAGGAUUGUGCCUCAGAAGACCAAGAAACUAUCCUGAUUAAUGGGGUGAAAGAAAAUGAACCGCACGCCCUGGACGGCGAUGAGAGACCUUGCACCGCCACCGAGGCCGCGGUCCCAUUCUCAGCCCUGAAGGAAAACCCCGCGUGCCACCGGGCGCUGCCUCCCCUGACGUCCAAGAAGCCCUGCUUGCUGAGCCCGCCGUCGCCGCUGCGGCUCACCGAUGUCCCCGAGCACGCCUCGGACGACUCCUCCGCCCACGCCAUCUCCCUCACCUCCUGCGUGACGAAGGGCAUGAGCUCCUGGUCGCUGCCGGGUGACUGCGAGAAGGCGCCGUUCACCAUGAUGGAGCCCGGAGGCAUGUCGGCGUUGACAGGCGAUUGCUUGAUGCAGCCGAGCCGGACCUGUCUGGGCUGUUUUAUUGAAUCAAAGGACGGCAUUGAUGCAGAGCCGGGAAUAAGCUUGAAAGUGGGGGAUAUAAAUAGGGAUUAUGACACCUGUUCGGUCUCUGAUAUAGGGAUUCACUGCAUGAGCACAGGAGAAACCAUGAGAUAUGGGGAUCAACUGCUUUCAGACCAGCUUUUAAGCUUCCCUAUGCAUAAAUCGAGGGCAGCGGACAAAAGAGAUGCAGAAAAAUCUGACAGUGAUUCAGAGGACCCCACUCAGAAAAAUUAUUACGAGGGAUUACUGUUAGACAAAUGCAAUGGUGAGGAACCUUUACUAACAAAUCCCAACCAGGAAUGGGGCUAUUUUGAAUCUUUCAUUAGCGAAAGUAAAAUUGAGCUGCUUGACCUCUGCUCCAAAAAUGAGCUUUCUGUAAAUCUGUUUUCCGAGGAAGACGUGGAUAAUUACAUGUUUGAUGAUGACGAUUCCACCUUGGGAAGCGAUGUCUGCUCCCUAAAGAUUAGAUACGAAUCCUUCCAGGACAACGUGCGGGAGAAGACCACCACCCUACAAGAGGACGCCCAGUUCAACUUCUUCCCCAGCGUGUUCAGCAACUGCACCAAAAGGGACAGCAGGAGCACCCUGAAAAGGGGGCCCAGCGGUGCCACCGACCCUUCCCAAUUCAAAUCCGAGGAAGGCAUCAUCUGGGGGGAGGAGGAGGAGGAUGGCGAGGAAGAGGACGGCGAGGAGGAGGAAAAAGCUGCCUUAAAUAAAUCUUGCAACAGCACGGAGAUGGUGCAGUAUGUGGGCUCCAAGAGGAGCCACUUCUUGGACUCGGUGAAUUCCACGGAGGACUCCGGGGAGUUCAGCGAUGACAGCACUUGCACAGAGUCCUCCUACGACGUGCUGCGGGAUAUCAAGGACUGCAGCCGGUACCUGUCCCGGGACCACUCCAGCUCCUUCAUUCAGCAGAACUAUGGGUUGCGGGCGAAGAGGAAAGUGCGAUACAGCGAUGACUACCUGUACGACGUGGACUCCAUCGAGAACGAGAAGAUCCUGGACAAGAAGGAGUGGCUACCGGAUGGACCCAAGGAAGAGGACGAUGACGAGUGGUGCCCCAAGAAACGGCGAAAAGUCUCUCGCAAGGAGCCCCCCAUUAUCAUCAAGUACAUCAUCAUUAACAGGUUUAAAGGGGAGAAGCAUAUGCUGGUGAAGCUCAGCAAAGUGGAUGCCAACGAGACAACUGUUACCCUAAACGAGGAGCUGCUCAGCAAGUACGAGAAGCUGGCCCCACUGAAGGGCUUCUGGCAAGAGAGGCAGCAGAGCCGGCUGGAUUUGCUCAGAUCGUCUCUCUACCACAAGCAGAAUUUCUAUCUUAACGGCUCAGAUGCUUCGUUCCUCCCUCACCCACGGAAGCGAAAAUGCAAGCUAGCAAACAGGCACCGGAUUCAAAGAAUUAAAGCCAUCGAGCAAUCAGUGAACAAGCUGGGCUCUUGCUCCUCGGAUCACAAGCAGCCUUGCAGCAGUAAAGAGGAGACGGGCCUGAAAGGGCUGCCGGCGUUAGCCAUCGCCACCCCCAGCUGUGCCAACGGAUUACACGUCAAUGACAUCGCGGGCAUCGCUGCCGUGAAAUGCAAAUCGCAGGAACGGGAGCACAAGGGGACGGAGAGGAAAGUGCUCCGCAGAAUCAAAUUCAAAAGCGAAGCCAGGUUGAAGUGCAAGAAGAUUAAAGCUGCUACCAGUACAGCGGAGGGUUCCCCGGCACUGGAAAACCGGGACUCUGCAGCGCGUCUGAAGGACGAAAACGUUCCUUGUGCUUCAGACAGCUCCCAUCUCCCGGAGCGCCACGAGGAUAAGGUUGCUAAAAAUUCUCCUUUCCUACCAUCCCCCCCCUCUUCAGACAAGCCUCUGCCAUCUGCUAAUAUCACCACUAAUGUCCCCCUGAUCCCCGGAGGGUAUCUGCAGACGUUGUUAGAUGCUUCUGAUUUGUCGAGCAACACCGGUAUCUCCUACUUCGCCCAGCAUCCCUCCGAGCAGCAGCAGCACCCGCUCCCCAGCAUCGUCCCGGCAGAAAAACCCUUUGCGGCUCUGCAGCCGGCGCAGAGCUGCGUGCUCUCCCCACCCUCCGAAUCGGAGCUCCAGCAGUCGCCCGGUCACUUGGAGAUGGAGCAGAGCAGUUUCGGUAGCAUGUGGCCGGCCGGCAAAGCUGCCAGCAGCACCCGCCAGGACUUCCCUGGCGACAUGCGGGAAGCUGCCGGGCUGCCGAAUGAAUUUGGUGGGGGCGGGGGCGCGGAUGCAGACGGCCUCCCGACCUCUGGAUACACUCAAGUCAAUCUGAAUAGCAGCAAAUUGCUCUACCAAAAAAAUUACAUGCCGGAUAGCCAACAAGUGCAGUCUGAUGAUUCUUAUCAGUCAUGUCAUUUUAAUAAUGGAGAGGGGCGCUUUCAUUUCCAGCGCGGUACACUAAGUACAGAUGAUGGCAGGCUCAUUAGUUUUGAUUCAGUGGGUUCAUUGUCAGUUAGUUCGAGCAAUUACAGUUCUUUAAGUUUAAAGUCUUGCGAAAAGGACGGCGAGGAUGAUAUUAAUGAUGAUUUCUUGGCCCACUGCAGUCCCAAGCUAGUGAUCCAGCAGAGCAUAGAUGAAAUCACCCCUUUGAAGGAGUCCACGGACCUUUUAGACAUUUCCAACUUUACGCCUGAUAAAUUCCGCCAGUCGUCGCUUUCGGAGAUGUCCCCUCCGGACACUCCCAACUUGUCCCCGCAGAUAGCUGGCUCCGACGCCAAGCCCCUGGGCACCCUGAAAGGUUUUCAGGAGAGCCCCCAGGCUGCCCUCAACAGCUCCGAGAAGGUCAAGUGGAACUGCGGGGUCCUGCAGACCGAGGAUCAGGCGGAUAAUGGGUUUGCUUUAAAUAAUCACCAGUUCCAGUUCCAUAUGUUCAACGAUGAAGAUUCUGUCAGCCUUCUCGAAAAGAGUCCAUGCUUGUCAACAUUUAAUGAGCCAUCUGGUCAAAUUAGCACCAAUAGCAAAGUGUCAAAAUCAAAGAGGAAAAGUUCAUCCAACAAGAAUGUGGGUACAAACCAAAGCUCUUCCCAGAAAGCCACCCGGAAAAAAUCACCCAAAACCAACAAAGGAACCGAUAAACCGCAAGGGAAAAACUCCCGGCAGCCACCCAAAUCCGCCAGGAAAGGGAAAAACGCGCCGGGAGUCAACGGUGAGAAGGCUCCGGCCGUUGGUGGCAGGGUGGUCAACCAGCUGAGCACCGUGGCCACCGCCACCAAGGGCCUCACCGAGAGCACUCAGCAUUGCGGCCCGGCCGGGGUGAAACUGGGCAAGCACAACGGGCUCUCCGGAGAGUGGGCGCUGGGGAAAGAAGGGGGCACGGGCUGGUCAGAAACCAGCCUCGGCAAUGCCACCAGCCUCCUGGACGACGAUCAGAGGGAGUUUGAGGAACCUUCCAACAUCUUGUCCAACAUCGCGUCGGGGAUGGCGGAUGUCCAGAGGUUCAUGAUGGCCUCCAUCGAGCCCUUGUGGGGGCCUGUUGGCCACAACAACGUUUCAGACAUAUUCCGGUCGCCAGAGUCCAACAGCCUGAAACUGAAAACUCUUAAAAUUUUGGCAGGGACUUCCCAAGAGUCAAAGAAAAAGGUGAACGGCGGCUCGCCGGGGGCAGCGAAGAACCACAAGUCGAACAACAAGGGCUCAAACAAAAACGGCAAAGCUGCAACUUGCGACCCUGGGCGCCCCAAUUGCUCAACCGGGUUCACCACGGACAUUCACGCCCCCUUUUUUGAUAAAAACUAUAGUAACCUGAGCACUUUAGGCAAUAACGGACCUACCCAUAAAAAACUCUACCGUCAUAAAUCCAGUUCGAAAUCGCUGAGGGAUGAGAACUGUAAAAUCAAGCGAACGGACCGCGAACAGCCCCACAAGGACCCACCCGUGACAGCGGCUUUUGAGAAACUGAGGGAAUCAGACUCCAUUCUUCUUAAAGCAGAAACAACAUUUUUGGGUUUUCCUGUAUUUGAAGAAGAGACUCCCUUUUCUAGAAAGACGGUUGAUGUUUGUUUCUUUAUUUUUUUCUCUUUUUUUUUUUUUUUUUGGUUGUUUUUCAGUUGGGGUAUUUUUUCCCGUCGGUUCCUUUUUCGAAAUCUGCCUUGUGGUAUGUUGAAAUGUAAGUGCUGAAAUGAAGAGUUUGAAAUUGUGGGAAUUUUAUUAUUUGAAAGCAAAAGGUAAUCUGGUAUUCUCUGUGAAAAGACUGUUUUAAAAGUCAUACUGUUGUACAGUAGUUUAUGCACUAUUACCCACACCAACAAAAAAAUUGUGCCAAACUAUGAACAAGUGACUGUAUUGUAUAUAUUUUUACUUCUCUAUCAACAUUGGGUUGUGAGUGUUUUCUGCAGCUAUGCCUUUUGGUUUUACUAGAAACAUUCCAGUUGUUAAGUACUAACCACCCCCCUUCGAAAGCACCUGUAACUCACGACGAAAACAAUUAUCGUUCACUUAUACAACUUACCAAAAGUUUUAUGGACAUGACUAAAAGUGUGCCAAAUUUACUUACCUCAUUUCAUGGAUUCACCCUGUGGUUUAAAGCUCAUAAAGGGAAAA